UGCUUGUGCCUGACCCAGGGAAGAGGCGGCCGGAGCUUUGGGAGGCGAGCCCUGUGACGUCACGAGCCGGCGGGUGUGGUUGUGAGUAAUUGUGUGUCCACCGGUGUAUGUGUCCUCCUGUGCUUGUGUGUCCGUGGGUGCGAGUGUAGAGGGCGGCUGUGUCUUGCUCGUGGCUCUAUGGAUGUUAUCGUGGGAGACAGCGUGUUGUUGUGCCCGUGUGUCCACGCGUGGGUGUCAUCGUGUCAGCAGCGUGUGUAGUGUCAUUGAGAUUGUGUCCGCCCACGUGGGAACUCGUGUGGGGCCUGGGACUUUCCUGUCACCGUCACUGUCCAGGCUGGUUGUGGGCGUCUACAGCUCCUCCGCCCUCUGACUGGCGCCUGGGAUCUUACUGGCCACUGGGCAGCGGCUUUUCUCAGCCACUCCUCCCGUGGCUCACAGGGACUUCCCCCGACUGAUGACCCUUCUCAGACUCUGUGGAAACAGCCUUCAGCCCUCAGGUCACAUGGCUCUGAGUCUCCUUCCCCAGGAGGGAAGCCCAGAGGAGGAUGGCUGGUUCCCCGGGGGCCUCUGGGCCCUAGACCAGGAAGCUGUGUCAUUCAGGGACGUGGCUGUGGACUUCACAGAGGAGGAAUGGGGGUGCCUGAGCCCCCCGCAGUGGCAGCUGUACAAGGAGGUGAUGCUGGAAAACUACAGGAACCUGAUGUCCCUGGGCCUGAUAGAGGACAAACCAGACCUGAUCUCUUGGCUGGAACAAGGGGAAGAGCCAUCAGCCCCGGAUCUGCGGGGAGAGGCCCCAAGGAGCCCCUGUCCCUGGGAAGGAGACCCUUCUGCCCGGCGCCUAGGAGCCAGGGGAUGCCGCAGCCCAGCUGGGCCCUCAGCCUGGGAUUCUAGUCUUGAGAACCAGGAGGAGUCACCUGGAAAACAAGAAGGAGGACCCCUGAUAACAUUUGUGCAAGGCCCUACAAGGCACCUGUUUGCCCAUGUCCCUACAUUUUGGGAAAGUCCUAACCAGGAGGUCAUGUUAUGGACCCUUGAAGGGGAGACUCCAAGGAAAGUCCUUUCCCAGGAAAAAGAGCUCAACGAGUUGACUGUGCCCGUGCCCCCUGAGCAGGGAGGCCAUGAAUGGACUGACUUGGGAAGAAGCUUUAGUGGGAACACACCCGAGUACCCAGGACGGAGGGGCCAUAAUGAACAUGGGAAUCUCCCCUAUGAUCAGUGUAACAGAAAUGGAGCUCAUGAAUUGGCAGAAGGUAGACAGGAUUCUGGCAAGAGCUCACCUCUUAUUCAAAGUCAGAGAUCUCAUGGUGAAGAGAUGCCUUAUAAGUGCACAGAAUAUGGAAAAGUUCUCAGCAACCACAAAGACAUUCCAAGUCAUAAGAGAACUCCAGAGGGAGAAAGACAUUCUAAGUGCCAUUGUGGAAAGACCUUUCGGGGAAGCUCAGGUCUCACCAAACACCAGAGAAUUCACACUUGUCAGAAAACCUGUGAUGAUGCAGAGUUUGGGGAAGCCUCCAACCAGAACUCCAAUGUUACUAAAAGUGACCAAAUUCAGAGUGGAAAGAAGCCAUACAAGUGUAAGGAAUGUGGGACGGCCUUCACUUGGUACUCAUACCUUAGGGAACAUCAGAGGACUCACACUGGUGAGAAGCCUUAUGAAUGUAAGGAAUGUGGGAAGGCUUUCAGCCAGAGCUCAAGCCUUACUAAACACCAGAGAAUUCACACCGGAGAGAAACCAUAUAAAUGUAAGGAGUGUGGGAAUGCCUUCAGGCAAAACUCACAUCUUAUUAGACACCAGAGAAUUCACACUGGAGAGAAACCUUAUGAAUGCAAGGAAUGUGGGAAGGCCUUCAGCCAGAGAUCGGACAUUAUUAAACAUGAAAGAAUUCAUAGUGGAAAUAAGCCAUAUGAGUGUAAGGAAUGUGGGGCAGCCUUCAGUUGGCGUUCAUACCUCAUUGAGCAUCAAAGAACUCACACUAUUGAGAAACCUUAUGAAUGUAAGGACUGUGGGAAGGCAUUUAGCCAGAAUUCAUCCCUUAUUCAGCAUCAGAGGAUUCAUACUGGAGAAAAACCUUAUGAAUGUAAUGAAUGUAGGAAAGCCUUCAAACAGAGAUCAUCCCUUAUUCAACAUUAUAGAAUUCAUACAGGAGAGAAACCUUUUGAAUGUAAAGAAUGUGGAGCAGUCUUCAGUGGACACUCAGGUCUUAUUCACCACCAGAGAAUUCACACUGGUGAGAAACCGUAUGAAUGUAAGGAAUGUGGAAAAGCCUUUAGGCAGAGCUCAGCCCUUAUUCAUCAUCAGAUAACUCAUACUGCAGAAAAACCGUACAAAUGUAAAGAAUGUGGGAAGGCAUUCCGGAGGAACACGGCUCUUACUGAACAUCAGCGAAUUCAUACUGGAGAGAUACCUUAUGAAUGUAAGGAAUGUGGCAAAGCCUUCAUCCAGAGAUCAGCUCUUAAUCAACAUCAGAGACUUCAUACUGGAGAGAAACUCUAUAAAUGUAAAGAAUGUGGGAAGGCUUUCAGCUGCAAUUCAUCCCUUACUCAACACCAGAGAGUUCACACUAAAGAGAAACCUUAUCAGUGUAAGGAAUGUGGAAAGGCCUUCAACUGGAGCUCAUCCCUUACUCAACAUCAUAGAAUUCACACUGGAGAAAAACCUUAUAAAUGUAAGGAAUGUGGGAAGGCCUUCACCAACCGGGCCUCCCUUAUUAAGCAUGAAAGAACUCAUAGUGGAGAGAAACCCUAUGAAUGUGAGGAGUGUGGGACAGCCUUCAUCCAGAGAUCAAACCUCACUAAACACCAGAGAAUUCACACUGGGGAGAAACCUUAUCAAUGUAAGGAAUGUGGGAAGGCCUUCACCAACCAGUCCUCCCUUAUUAAACAUGAAAGAAUCCAUAGUGGAGAAAAGCCUUAUCAAUGUCAGGAAUGUGGAAAGGCCUUCAACUGGAGCUCAUCUCUUACUGAACAUAUUAGAAUCCACACUGGAGAGGAACCUUAUAAAUGUCUAGAGUGUGGCAAGGCCUUCAGAAAAAGCUCAUUAUUUACUCAACAUCAUAGAAUCCACACUGGAGAGAAGCCUUAUACUUGUAAAGAAUGUGGCAAGGCCUUCAGGCAGAUGUCAUCCCUGACUAGACAUCAGAGAAUUCACACUGAAGAGAAGCCUUAUGAAUGCAAAGAAUGUGGGAAGGCCUUCAGCAAUAGCUCAAAUCUUACCAAACAUCAAAGGAUGCACAGUGGAGAAAAGCCUUAUAAAUGCAAAGAAUGUGAAAAAGCAUUCACCAACUGUUCAUCCCUUAAUAAUCACAAAAGAAUUCAUAGUGGAGAAAGAGUCUAUGAAUUUAAGGAGUAUGAAUCAGCUUUCGGUUGGCGCUAAGCCCUUACUCAACAUAAAAAAUGUAACCUGGAGGAAUAUUCAUUACUGUAAUGAAUAUGGGAAAGCCUUGUGUAAGGAAGGGUGAGUCUUAUUGAAUUUCAGUAAAUCCAUCCUGGAUAGAAACCCUAAGAAUGCAGUGAAUGUGGAAAACCUUUUAGGCUUUACCAUGACUGAAAGCAAUCUGUAGAGAAUGCCUACAAAUGUAAAAUAAUGUGGAAAAGGAAUGAGUGGUUGUAAGUUUUAAAUUGUCAAAUUGGAAGAAAAACUGAGGUCUCUAUAGACAAAAACAAAGCAACUGACCUUGAAGAUAGUGGUUGAUGAGACAAUCUGUGAACAAUGGGCAUCCCAGAAAAAAAUUGAUGAAAUAUAGAACCUGACUUCUCUAUUUUAAUAAUUCUUGCACAAAAAGAGUACAGAAAAAUUUGAAUGAGUAGACUAGAAUUCAUUCCCAAAAUAUAGAGAGCAAAGAAAUCCUUACAAGGAAAACCUUGCAGAAAAAAAGUCAGAAUAUAGUAUGGAGCAUACAAAAUAAAGCUCCAAGUAUAAUGAAGAAAUAAUAUUAGGCAAAAUACAAUUAUGAGAUCUCUAAAAGAAGAGAGUAAUAGACCCCCAAAGUGAUUGAAAUGCUUUUAAAAAACAAAAAAAGGAAUUGAAAAUUUUAGAAGGGAAAUUGGUGCUCAUCAAAUAGAAUUAGAAAGUUAAACAGGAAAAUUAAUAGUUCAAAACAGAAGGUAGAAAUCCUUAAUUUAAAUGCAUACACUAAAAAAGAAUAGCAGAGAUAGAAUCCAAACAUUGCAAUAUGCAAAAAAGGAAUAUUAGAACAAGAUUGAAAAUUGGCAAAUUGGAAGAACUCAGGUCUCUAUAGACAAAAGAAAAUGAACUGGCCUUGAAGAUAGUGAUUGAUGAGACAAUCUGUGAACUAUUGGCAUCCCAGAAAAAAAAAAGAUGAAAUAUAUAACCCAAGUUUCAUAUUUUAAUAAAUCCUGCACAGGAAAAUAAAUCCUGCCAGGAAAGAUUUGAAUGAGUAGCCUAGAAUUCAUUUAAUCCAAGAACACAGACAGACUCCCUAUAUCACAAGAACUGGGAAAAUUGGAAAUGUUUGGUAGAAAUGAACUUUAGACCUGUAACUUAUGCCAAAAUAAACUACAAAUGGAUGUGUACCUUGAACAUAAAUGGUCACACCAUUAAAAAUAAAGGGGGAAAGAAGGAAUUAUCUUUUAUUUUUACAACUAUAGUGAAGAAUUCUUGACAAAACCAUAGAUUGAAGUGAUCAUUUGAGACAAAAGAGACAAUUAAGUUACAUAAAAUUAAAAAGGUUUUGCAGAAACACAAGUAACCACAAGACUAAGAAGAGAAAGUCUACACCGGGGUAAAAAUCUGUGUCAAAUACCACUGAUUAAAGGGAAUUAAUAGAACUGUAUAACACUAAAAACCCAAGUGGUCAGAGGUUAUACAUAGUUUUCAAAAAAACAAUUGAGACCAUAAUGUCCAGAUGAAAACACACUCCUAAUUUAUUCAUCACAAGAGAAAUAUAAAUUUAAAAAAAUACGUAAAAAGGUUUCACUUCAAACCCUGCAAGUUGGUAAAGGUGACCAAAACAGUUUUGGAGGAGCUGAGGGAAUGUACGUUUAUGAAUGAACUUUUGGUAGAGUUGUGAAUUGCCUCAACCAUUUUGGGUAACAAUUUUGUAUUAUACAUGAAAUGGGACUACAUUCUUCAUACUAUUUAUAGCCCCCAUGAAUGUCAAAAAUAAGUUCAGUCUAUAUAAAAAAAUUCAAGGCAGCUGUGUGUUCACGAGUGUGUGUGUGUGUGUGAGAAAGAGAGAAAGAAGGGGGGGGAGGAACAAAGAACUGGAGACAAAGUGGGUGCCUAUGUGAAAUAUAUAACCUGGACAACUGAUACAUGAAUGUAAGGAAUAUCAUUUUGUUACAAGAAGUAGUAGAUAUGAGGAAUUGUGAGAAACAUGAGAACAUUUAUAGGCACUAACACAUGGUGAGACCAGCAGAACCAGAACACAUAACUGGCAGUGGAACCUCAAAGAGUAUAGAAAGGAAAGCAAACAAAUAAAGAAUGGCUCCAGGGGUGGGGGACUACUUGGGCAGAAUAUUAACUUUUUCUUGAUUACAAGAUAAAGUUCUGGUUGGGGCACAGUGGAGAUGGUAUAAUUGGAAACAACUAUAUUGUAAAAAGAAAGGGCAUAAAUAAAACUUUUUUAAAAUAAAUGAGAAUUAUUUGAAGACUUUUUGUAGCAGUUAUCUCUGAUAAAGGACCAAUAUCUAGGUAAAGUAGGAAAUUGAUACAAAUACAGAAUACCAAGCAUCAUUCCCUAAUCAUGGAGAAAUGUGAUCAAAUGAUAUAA